UGCCAACCCCUCCCCCUUUUUUAUUCUAGUUGUGAAGAAACCAAGUAACCAAAUAGAAGGCUGUGCUCUAGAUAACAAAUAAUAUAAAAAAGGAGCGCCUUUAUUUCCCUUAUGACAAAAUGUCAGUGGCGUUUUCUUCAGCGCGUCCCAGGAGUAAAAGCGAGGUGACGCAACAAGCCAUCCAGAAGAUGUUGGAUGAAAAUCAUCAAUUAAUACAAUGUAUAAUGGAUUGCCAAAGCAAAGGGAAGACAGUUGAGUGCACACAGUAUCAGCAGAUCCUGCACAGGAAUCUUGUUUACUUGGCCACAAUAGCUGAUUCUAAUCAGAACAUGCAGUCACUACUACCGGCUCCUCCUAGUUCCAAUAUAUCCAUGGAUCCUGGAAGAAUGAGCCAGAGUGGGGGACAUGCUUCAAGCAGCCUCAAUGACAACAUGGCCCCAUACAUGAUACAGAGCCAAAUGAGUAACGUCUCCAUGAUGCACCAACAAUCUGCUCCUCCACAACACUCCUCAGCCAAUUCAGGGAGGCGGCACUAUCAGGGACAGCAAUCGAUGAGUAUGAUGGGACAGACCAACCAGGGAAAUAACACAAUACCUCAGAGACCCAUGGGGCCCUACCGGCCCUCCCAGCAAGGAUCUGCACAACACUACAUGGGACAGGAAGAGUUCUACGGAGAGCAGUAUGGACACACUCAGAACUCCACCGAGCUCACAAACCAGCAGUAUUACACUGAUGAUUAUUCAUAUCAUCACUCUUCAUACGGUGAACAAGGUUACGAGAGGUCGUUUGGUGAGUCUUCACAGCACUACUAUGAAGGAGCUGCCCUUACAGGUAACUCUCAGUACAGCCAACAGCAGGGCUCAUAUCAACAGAGCACUGGUCAGCAGCAGGCUUUCAGUCAAGAGCAGUACUCCUCUCAGCAGGGCUACAGCGGGCAGCCACAAGGAUAUGGUCCUAGCCAGGGAGGACCAUCCCAGUUUUCCCAGUAUCAGCAGAGCCAGAACCAACAGUAUGGAUCUUAUCAUUCUUCCCAAGGAGGACCUGCAGGACAAACCCAAAGGUCUUUCACCUAUGAACAGGGUCAGUAUGGAAAUUUGCAGCAAUGAGGCAACACACUGUUUUCAAGUCUAGGAAACAUUCAUCUAUACAUGCUUCGACAAUAAUCUCCUCAACAUAUGGAAAGGAAGAUCUCUCUGGACCCGACCUAUUAUCUUAUGCUGAUCAAGAUAAGCUGAUUUAUCAAACACCACGUUUUCCUUCACGCCAUAAUAUUUUUAAAGCGUAGCAGAAUAAAGAAAACGGUACUUGUGACUCAUGGAAUCUCACGGAAUUGGAACAGUUAGUUUGGUUUAUACAUCUGACAGGUAAAUAAGUAUGAAAAAGAUGCCAUUCCUUGUUUUUAUAUUUAUUUUUUAUUUCAUAGCCCUGCAGAUUUUCCUGUUAGUUAGGGAAAUUAGUUGUAUUCACUUUCUAAAUAUGUCAUAGACCCAAUAGGGAAAUUGCUGGUUAUGAUUUUUUAACUGUCUCAUUGUUUGUUAUAAGUUUGGUGGUUUUAUAUUCAGCAUCAAAUUUUAGUGGCAUUGCUCAGCUUACCUAAGCAUAUUGUAGAGAUGGACCAAGAAACUGGAAAUUGUCAAUUAAAUUUGUAUCAACUUCAGCUUAAACAGCUUUAAAUUAUGAAAGGGCCCGCCAGAAGUUUUAAAAUCUGUUUUUUUUUGGACUGUAACCAUAAGAAAAUACUUAAUGAUUUCCAGUAUCAAUAUAAAUGCUCACAAAUAAGGGUUGAUGAAAGCACAGAAAUGUUUGAUAUUUUACAGUUAACUGUAUUUAGUAAAAGAUGACGAAAAAUGUCUUAAUAAGAGAGUGACACUAAAGAGAGUUAAAAGUAGGGCUAAGUAUUGGAAAGGUGCUCUGUGUUACCCUGCUGGUGGUUCAACCUCUGUCUGUUAUGGAAAGUGUUGGAUUUGAUUUUGUCAUCAAUCAUUAUGAAAAAUGAUAGGUAAUGCAUGGAUCUUUAUUCUGUAGUAUGUAAACAGAGAUUACUUUUUAAGUAAUCCUAUAAACAUGGUAAUCUCUAAGAUGCUAAAGACUGGUUUGUCAUUUGUAAAGAUAUUAUUUAAUUAUUAAUGUAUUAGUAAAAUGCCAACAUAACCUCUGCUCCUAAUAAAAAAAAUCUACCAAUUAAAUUGCUUUAUUUAGUUAAAUUAAUUUAGUUAAUUUGUUUUUUACACGCUGUUAUAGUAUCUUGUUUUAUUACUGUUCUUAAACAGGAAUUCUUUUUAGUUGAAAAACUUAUCUGCAGGUCAAAGCUUUACAUUCUUAUCUAUUCAGUUUUUAGUUAUAUGCAGUUAAGUGGAUGCUAGUCAGUACUUAACUUUGGAUUUAAAUGUUUUAUGACUUUGUCUGCACUUUUAUUACUAUUUUGUAGCAACAGUGAACAUAUUGUCUAAUAUUUUGUAAUGCAACACAAUACAGUUUUUAUUUAGAAGUGAUCCUGAAAGCCAAAGUAACCCAAGAACUGUAGCACUGAUGUGUUCUUAAUCUUUGCUUUUGUAGGUGCAACACGCUUAUUUAUGUUAUGCAUUCUUCUACUAAUAAAUGUACAAUUCAAUUUAUUUCUACUGAAAGCACAGUAAAAGCUAAAUGUAUUGUUUCAACUUCUUUAGGUCUUGAUCCUUUGCAAACAUGCGGUGCACAUCUUGCAUAAUUAAUUCUUCCAUCCAUCCAUCCAUCCAUCCAUCCAUCCAUCCAUCCAUCCAUCCAUCCAUCCAUCCAUCCAUCCAUCCAUCCAUCCAUCCAUCCAUCCAUCCAUCCAUCCAUCCAUCCAUCCAUCCAUCCAUCAGCUUAAUGCAUAAUGAUUGUUAUUAAUUUAUGUUUUGUGAAACAUAAAGAUGAAGAACAGACAUUAACCGUACAGUAUUUUUUAUAAUCAAGGUGGUUGUCCGGUAUCCAACUCCUCAGUGUUCUGCUAAAAUGUAUCUUACCUCAAAAAACCUGAAAACGGAACAGUUGCAGUUGUUUUUGCAGUACUAAUCUAUAAGCUGACUGUCAAACAGUCAGUUAUUUUUGAACCACCCAACACUGACAAUCCGAUUCUCCUCUAUGCUGUAACAAGUUUAUUUCCUUGUUUCGAUUUACUGUGAAUGAAACAAUUAAGAGAUUUUUCUUAUUCGUCUGUACUUUGUGUUUUUACCUGUGCCUGUAAACAGAACCUCCCUGAGCGGAUUGUGUGGGUGUAUGUGUAUGUUUGCUACGUGGUGUUGUAGAUACAAUAUGCAUUUUGCAGAAGGAAUGAGUCUAAUUGGAUGUAUGUCAUUUAAAUGUGGAUAUCCUAUACCUGUCUGAUGUAAGACUUUUUUGUUUAAAGUUUGAAUCUUAUGUCUUUUAUUACUAUUUUCUAUAUUAAAAUGAAUUGAUAAUCCUUUCUAU